CUGAAGUCCUCACAGAAGGAUAAAAUUCGCCAGUUCAUGAUUUUCACUCAAUCCAACGAGAAGACCGCACUGCUUUGCCUGUCGCAACAUGACUGGAAACUAGAAGUCGCCACCGACAAAUUUUUCCAAAAUCCGGAGCUUUACGUUUCCAGUUUAAAAGGCGCUUUAGACAAGAAGAAACUCGAACAACUUUACAACAGAUAUAGAGAUCCUCACGAUGACAACAAGAUCGGCAUCGAAGGCAUUCAGCAGUUUUGCGACGACCUGGGUUUGGACCCCGCCAGUAUAAGCGUUCUUCUCAUUGCUUGGAAGUUCAGGGCGGCGACACAAUGCGAGUUCUCCAAACAGGAGUUCAUGGACGGCAUGGCAGAACAAGGGUGUGACAGUAUAGACAAGUUAAAAGCGCAGCUUCCCAAGAUGGAACAAGAGUUAAAAGACCAGGGGAGAUUUAAGGAUUUUUACCAGUUUACAUUUAAUUUUGCCAAGAAUCCCGGCCAGAAAGGUUUAGAUUUAGAAAUGGCUAUUGCGUAUUGGAAUUUAGUGUUGGAUGGAAGAUUCAAGUUCCUCGACUUGUGGAAAACAUUUUUAGUCGAGCACCACAAAAGAUCCAUUCCCAAGGACACAUGGAACCUGCUGCUAGACUUCAGCACCAUGAUCACAGACGACAUGUCCAAUUAUGACGAGGAAGGAGCGUGGCCUGUACUCAUCGACGACUUUGUGGAGUUUGCACGACCGCACAUCGGGACCAAAAGUACUGCAGUUUAA